AGAUUUAAGAAAAUGCUCAAUUUUACUGAUGUGACAGAAUUUAUCCUUUUGGGAUUAACUAGUCGUCCUGAAUUACAACUCCUUUUCUUCGUGGUUUUCUUACUGGUCUACAUCAUCACCUUGCUUGGGAACAUUGGCAUCAUCAUAUUAAUCAGGAUCAGUCCCCAGCUCAGCAGUCCCAUGUACUUUUUUCUCAGUCACUUGUCUUUUGCAGAUGUGUGGUUCUCCUCCAAUGUCACCCCUAAAAUGUUGGAGAAUUUAGUAUCUGAAGACAAAACCAUUACCUAUUCUGGAUGCAUCGUUCAGUGCUUUUUCUUCAUUGCCUUUGUCCAUGUGGAAGUCUUCAUUCUUGCUGUGAUGGCCUUUGAUAGAUACAUGGCAAUUGGCAAUCCUUUACUUUAUGGCAGCAGAAUGUCAAGGACUGUCUGUAUUCGACUGAUCUCCUUUCCAUACAUAUACGGCUUCUUCAUUAGUUUGAUCUCAACGCUGUGGACCCAUGGUUUAUAUUUCUGUGGGAACAUUGAAAUCAACCACUUCUACUGUGCAGAUCCAGCGCUCAUCAAAAUGGCCUGUGCUGGGACAUUCAUUAAAGAAUACACCAUGCGCACUUUGGCAGGUCUCAAUUUCUCUUAUUCCUUACUGGUCAUUAUCGUCUCCUACAUAUUUAUCCUUAUUGCCAUUCUAAAAAUGCGUUCGGCAGAAGGAAGAAAGAAAGCCUUCUCCACAUGUGGAUCCCACUUGACAGCUGUGACUAUAUUUUAUGGAACACUCUUCUUCAUGUAUCUUCGAAGCCCAACUGAGGAGGCUGUGGAGCAAGGGAAAAUGGUGGCUGUGUUUUACACCACAGUGAUUCCUAUGUUGAAUCCUAUGAUCUACAGUCUAAGAAACAAGGAUGUUAAAGAGGCCAUGAACAAAGUGAUAAAUAGAGCAUUUUUAACUAAAUAA